CAGUUUUCCAUUGACGUUUGAAUUUUACAGCUUUCUUGUAUUUCGAAAAUGAAUAUCUGUUGCGUGAUUAUCGCCACCGUUCUUCGUCUCUUGUUAUCGCAACUGAAAUAAUCCUAUUGGCUGCUAGUAAUUCUGAAGUAACAUCUUAAUGAUGCUUUGAUGUAACCUCUUUGCUAAGGCUACUGCCAAAAAAAACUGAUGCAGAAAAAAGCAAAUAAUUAACGAAGGAUUCGUGAGAUUGUACAAGUUUAUCACUUUCUUUCUCAUUGCCCAAAUGGAUACACAAACGGAUAUCAAUUUACCGCGACCGCAAAUGACGUUGCGAAACGUGAAUUCUGGCAAUGUAUUCUAUAUGCCGUUAACAUCGUUUGCAGAGAUGUGGUAUCAAAUAUUUCUUUGGGCCCUGUUCUCCUCGAUAUUUGUACAUACGAUUGCUGGCGCAAUUUGUUUUGCUACUUUGCGACAGCACAAAUACGGCAAAUUUUUCCCAUUGCUUAUCAUAAUAAUGGGUGUACUAUUGCCACUGACAUCAGGUGUCGUCAGUUCAGCGGCAGUUGCCUUUGUGUAUAGAGCGUCCGGCUAUCAAAUGCCACCUUUAUAUGCAUUGUUUUGGGGUAUUGGGCAGACUGUGGUACCAGUGUGUGUCGGAUUUACGCGAAUAUUGGCAACUUUGUAACCUGUUGUUACAAAUACUGCACUUGUGAUAUAUUUAUGUGUACAGCAGCACAGUCAAGUGUUUCUUUUAAAUUAUACAUAUGUACAUAUAUAUAGAUAAGUUCAUCAUUGUGGACAUCUAGUUGUAUUGAUGCAUUUAGUAGUAAGUUGACUGUGAAAGUGGAAAAGAUAAUAAUAUUACUGAAAAGAUAAAGAAUACUUUCUAUUUGGUGACACACAGCAAUUGUUCUGUCUUUGAUACUCAUGAAAUAGCAAGAAAGAUAGAACGACGUUUGUGCCAACUUAUGUGUCACUAAACAAUGUUUUCAGGAAGGCGCUUUUAGUGCUAUUUGAGUCAGUCUAACCUUGUUUCACGUCUAAUAAACGAUAAAGAGAUAUAGGAUACUUUCCAUUUAUGCUCAUACAAGUUGAUACAUUUUAUCUUUCUUAACAUUUAAUGAAUAAUGAGGACAAUGAUACUUGUAUCGACUUGUGUCAUCAAAUGGAAAGCACACAGAAUGACAAAUAGUAUCUUUCCAAACACACUCUAAAUGGAAGAUACCUAAGUAUUGGGAGAAUUCGUAAUGAGAAACAAAUACAUUUAUCGAAUAUCGCAGAAAGCAUCAUAAUUAUUGAUAUAUAUACAUAUAUAUAUAUAUAUCUCAAUAAAGCC